AUGGCGAGAAGCUCCUCCAGCCCCUGCCGCGCUCGCAGCAAGAGACCGAGGGUCGAGGCCUCCGCAGGAGGAGGAGGAGCCCUCAAGGCAUGGCCGCCUGCCGACACUGAGGAGGGAGAGGAAGGCAGGAUACGGGAGGAAGCCGAGAGGGGGUCAUGCAAGGAGAAGCGCAAAGAAGAGAAGAGCCAGGAGAGAGGGGAAGGCAGCGUCUGCCCCCACGGCCGUGUACGAUCUCGAUGCAAGGAGUGCGGGGGAGGCAGCUUCUGCCUCCACGGCCGGAGGCGAUCUACAUGCAAGGAGUGUGGGGGAGGCAGCAUCUGUCCCCACGGCCGUAUACGAUCUGAAUGCAAGGAGUGCGGGGGAGCCAGCAUCUGCCCCCACGGCCGGAGGCGAUCUCGAUGCAAGGAGUGCGGGGGAGGCAGCUUCUGCCCCCACGGCCGCGUACGAUCUCAAUGCAAGGAGUGCGGGGGAGGCAGCAUCUGCCCCCACGGCCGGAGGCGAUCUCGAUGCAAGGAGUGCGGGGGAGCAAGCAUCUGCCCCCACGGCCGCAUACGAUCUCGAUGCAAGGAGUGCGGGGGAGCCAGCAUCUGCCCCCACGGCCGUCAGCGAUCUGAAUGCAAGGAGUGCGGGGGAGGCAGCGUCUGCCUCCACGGCCGCAUACGAUCUCGAUGCAAGGAGUGCGGGGGAGGCAGCAUCUGCCCCCACGGCCGUCAGCGAUCUCGAUGCAAGGAGUGCGGGGGAGGCAGCAUCUGCCUCCACGGCCGGAGGCGAUCUGAAUGCAGGGAGUGCGGGGGAGCCAGCAUCUGCCUUCACGGCCGUCAGCGAUCUGGAUGCAAGGAGUGCGGGGGAGCCAGCAUCUGCCCCCACGGCCGCAGGCGAUCUACAUGCAAGGAGUGCGGGGGAGGCAGCAUCUGCCCCCACGGCCGUAUACGAUCUGAAUGCAAGGAGUGCGGGGGGGCCAGCAUCUGCCCCCACGCCCGUGUACGAUCUCGAUGCAAGGAGUGCGGGGGAGGCAGCAUC